AUACAUCCUUGUUCCUUAGGAGACCAAGAUAUAAAUGUACUAGCCCAUAUGAUCCUGAGACUUAGUUGGACUGUGCAACUAACCUAUUUUUUGAAGAGGAAUUAUUAGGUAAUGACCACUUUGCCCAUUACCAUAGCUUAACUUUUCCCUCUUCAUGAACCAAGUGGCUAAUUCCUUGGGUAGUUAGUAUGACACUGCUUAACUUGGAUCUGUGCAUGAGGAUAACUUGUUUACAGGCACAGAUCAAAUGGACACUGCUAGUAAAAUGCCUGUUCGUAGGCAUGUGGAUCGCACACACCAUGUAUUCACACAUCUCAAAGAACUGCAACAUGUCUAUGACUGAAAGAAAAAAAUAUUUAUUUGUUUUUAUAUAUCUAUAUAAAAUAAGGCAAUUCCAAAAAACAGCCUCUCAACACUCCUCUAACAUUCGGAAGAUGUAGGCAGCCCUAUCAAGUCGGAAAUGGGACAAGUGGGAGCUCUAUGACAGAUCAAUCCUCAGUAGCUAGUUGAAAUCUUACGCACAAAAUGAAUCUGAACUUGACUGGAGAAGCUUGCUGCAGACUUGGUAUUUUUUUCCCCACUUUUUAAGAAACAGUUUUUAGAUCCCUUUGUUGAAGUUCUUUUUCUCUGGCGAGGAGAAAAAUCACCAUCCCAGGUUCAGUUCUGUGUUGUCUAAUAGCCAGAUCUUCCUUUGCCUGGGGUUCAGUUUCUCUGUUUGUAAAGGGGAGACUCUGCGGCACUUGGGUUUCUGUUUUUCCCCUACGUGAAUGGGAGACUUUCAUCCAUAAGGACUUGUUUGCUCUUCAAUGAAAGCAAACAGCAUAAUGGGCUGCCUUUGGGGUUUUGUCUCUUUCUACGAAAAAGAGGUUUCCUGCCACUUGGGCUUCAGGUUCUCCUUUCCCGAGGUAAGGAGCUCAUCCAUCAGCCUCACCCUUGGUGGAGGGGCGGCCCCUGAGCUUCGGCCUCACGCGGUGCGAGUGAGCGGCUCCUCGCCACGGAGCCGCCUCACACUGUCUGAAUGCGGCGCUUCUCGCCCUCCGGGCUCUCUUCCUCCCUGCAGUGGGGCAAGACGACCUGCGAGUCGAGCGCCUCUUCCUCGCGGGGCCUGACGAGCGGCGGCCCCCCCCUCGAGCGCCUGCCCGCCUGGGAGUGUACCGAAGUCACGAGGCGGGCCGAAGCGCUGCAGCUGAAGCCGGUGGCGGCGGCCGCUAGGGCGCACGCCAGGAUGCACAUGAAGAAGCUGGGCCCGAAGGUGGAGGUGAGGCGAAGGGGCUGCAGUUCCUUCUCGGUCUGCAGCCUGCUGCGCGUCACCUCGAAGAGGCAGGAGCACAGCGCCGCCGCGCCCAGGGCGAGCAGAGCGGCCAGGCCGUGCAGGAACGGGGCGGCGGCGCAGCGUUGCUGCAGGCCCAGGAAGUCCAACAGCAGGGCGCUGCAGCCGCUGAGGAUGGCGACGAGGCAGCAGAUCGCUAUGGACAGGAUGAGGGGCACCCCGGCCGGGCCCAGGAGAGGCGAGUCGGGAGGGGGAGCUAUGGGGUUAAGGGCCCAGACCGCUCCCAGCACGAACUGCACCUCGUCGCCGCUGACCAGGACCCAGCUGGGGUAGGCCCCGGCCAGGAACAUCAGCCCGACGGCCAAGGCUUGGGCCACGACCGCUGCCAGGCUGCCCGUCCGCCUGCUGCCCGCCAGGCCCCGGAGGAGGCGGCCCGGAUCCUCGGGGCCCGCCGUCUCCAUGGACCCGGGGCAGGGAGGGCGGAGUAAAGUCGGCUCCGCGCCCGCAGCUCCCGGGCAGCUGUGCCGUGCUGUGCCCCGCCCCCGCCGCGCCGAGGCAGUGCUCCGAUGGCCCGGGCGGAGGCAGUGCUAAAAAGGGGGAAGGGGGAACAACCCGCUGCGCGGGGCGGGACGGGGACUUGCUGCAGGCAAAUCCGCGACUUCCCCGGCGCCAGGGCCAGGCGCAAGGUUUGCUUGGUAAAUAAAUCCCCUAAAAGGAGAUGCGUCCGCCUGAAGGACUCUGCGGGCUUUUGUCCUUUCUUCAUUUUGUUAGUAAGCUAGGGGAGGGGGGCCGGUUUUAACCUUUGCUCUGCCUGUAGAAACAUCCGCCAAGGUACAGCCUGACCUUGCCUGAUGGUUACAAGGACACAGGUUUAAUUUCUUGUAAGCAGCACAUGCAGCUAAAAAAACCUAGUGUAGAUAAAAUUAAAAAGAAAGCUUUGCAGUUACCAUUUAUUUGUGGAAUUACCAGCUUAAUAGUUUUUUAUUCAACAUCACUUUUAAAAAAAGAUGUUGUUUGGCAGCCUUUUACAUGGAAAAAAAAUUCCAGUUACUGAAUGGGUUACAGUAUUGUUCACAUCCAGGUCUCUGGUUUCAGUUGUCAUAAUCCAAAUCAGGUUAGUAGUAAUCAAAUUUACUUAAAAUCCACUUCAGAUCAACAGUGACCAGAAGUCAUUAUGAUCUGAUAGUGGAUCAGUGCUCUGUAGGAAUGAGUUUGAUUUUAGUUCAGUUCGUUAGCUGGGCAUUUGUAUUACAAGGUCUGCUGCCAUAAUUAGCCUGAAUUGGCAAUCUGAACAGACUAACUGAGCAGGUAUGGAGGAGGUUCACCAACUCUCAUCCACAAAGGAAAUGCAUAAUUUUGAGGAGGAAUUAACAUGUUCCAUUUGCUAUAGUAUAUUUGAAGACCCACGUGUGCUACCAUGCUCCCACACAUUUUGUAGAAAUUGCCUAGAAAGUGUUCUUCAGCUGUCAAGUAACUUUUCCAUAUGGAGACCACUGAGGCUUCCACUGAAGUGUCCAAGUUGUAGAAGUAUUGUUGAAAUUCCUCCAUCUGGUACUGAAUCGUUACCUAUCAACUUUGCAUUGAAGGCUAUCAUUGAAAAGUAUCAGCAAGAAGACCAUCCAGAUGUUGCUACAUGUAGUGAACAUUAUAGACAGCCAUUAAAUGUUUAUUGUCUUUUAGAUAGAAAAUUAGUGUGUGGCCAUUGUCUUACGAUAGGUAAACAUCAUGGUCAUCCCAUAGAUGACCUUCAGAGUGCCUAUAUGAAAGAAAUAGAGACUCCUGGGAAACUCCUUGAACAAUUGACUGAUAAACAUUGGAGUGAUGUGUGUUUGCUAAUUGAAAAGUUAGAAGAACAAAAAUCUCAGUGUGAAAAUAUAGUUCAAGAUGAUAAGAAAGCUGUAGUGCAAUAUUUUAAGAAACUUAACGAGACAUUGGAACAUAAAAAGCAAGCUUUGCUAGCCGCCAUUGAAAAGAUGAAAGGAAUAAGAGAAGAACAGCUUGAUUUAAUGUCACUGAACACAUCUAUUAAAGAAGAGUCAUCUCCACUUGUUUUUCUUGAGAAAAUUGAUAAUGUGCGCCAACGUGUAAAAGCGUUGAAACAAAAGCAACUACCAGAUACCAAGCCUUUUGAGAUUUAUCCACGAGUGGGACAGCUGUUGAAGGAUGUAUGGUGCAAAACUGAAAUUGGUCAGAUUAACAAGAUCCUCACUCCAAAAAUAAAACUUGCUUCAAAAGGAAAGGUAUGCAAGAAAAACAAUGAGAAGGAAAGAGGACAAUCUAAGGAAUUCCUGCAGUCUGUAAACCCUCUGGUAGUGAUGCUAAUAUCUAUAGUAGUAAUAAUUAUGGUUUCGUUUAGCAAACCUUUAUUGUCAGUUGUUGUAAGUGAUGCUACUUCAUUUGGUAUUUCAGAAGUGUUGCAGUUUGUUUAUCAGGAUUUAGAUCAAAUCUUGCAGACAGUAGUGGAAAUACUGUCCCAUACAUCUGAUUUACUGACAGAAUUUAUAGGGAGAAUUGUUUCUUUCUGAAUUUCAAAUCUUAGAUUAAUAAUUGGAAUAACUAGGAAUAUUCAUUCUAAAUGAAGUCUUUCACAAGAUUUUUUUGUCCAGUUUAUAUCUAAAAGCUACUGAAAGGUUCAUCCCUUUAAAAAAAAUGACUCUAGGUUAUUUAGUAAAAAAAAUAAACGCAGUUUAAUCAGAUUUUUUUUUCAGAAAGGAUAUCUAUUACCAACCCCCAUUUAACAAGGGUAUAAAUUCAUGUACUAAAUAAUUAAUAAUGGACUCUUUUUUAAAUCUCAAAUUUUGGACAAAGCUGAGAAGAGUAAAUGGAAGUACCAGUCACUGACCCCAGCAUAUUGAAAAUCUUGUAUUAUGUACUUCAUUGAUUUUUACAUACAGGGUUGAUUGGGCCUACUAUUUGUUCAUGGUCACGUAUGAAAUGACUAGGGUUUCAUCUGGGUUAUUAGUGAAUCAUGUUACUUUGCGUUUUUCUUUUAUACAUAAAUACAGAUACAAAGUCAUGGGGACAUCCUUUCAAUUAGAGAUAAAUAUGUUUCUCUAGAACUUUUUGGAUGAUACAUUUUGAAGAUACUUGGCAAGAGUAUAGUCCUGAAAGGUGUUGAAUGUGUGUGGCAUUAUAUUGUUCUAUUCAGCAAAUAUUUGCUGCCUUAUGAGGUUGGGCCACUUCUUGCUAAAUGUUGAGUGGACCCACAAAAGCCAUUGGGAAACUCCCAUUCAAAUUAAUGGGAACAAUUUCAAUUCUUGAUUAGAACUCUGGAAAGAACAACAUGAAAUAAAAAUACAGUGUAAAUAGUUUCUUAAAUUACAAGAAUAAUUGAGAUCUAGUCUAAUUCAGUCUGAAAUAAGUGUUUAUGUUCCUAGUAUAUAAUCAGAUUAAUUUAAACCAUGGCAUAUUCCAUUAGUUAAGAUGCUAGGAACUCCAUACUCACACUGAAGUCAGUAGCAAAACUCCCUGUAGAAACAGGAUUUUGCCCCCUUAGGUUUUUUGGUUUUUUUUUUAAUAGGCAGAGUAAUCCAUUAACAGUGAAAAAAUUUCCAGUUGCACCAGCCCAUAGAUUGUUGCUGUAAGGCUACCUAAACACAUCUGAGUUCCAAGUGAUAAUUGAUGCGUUGUAAAAAUUUCUUAGUUUUUUUCAUAAUAUGCUAACAGGUAGCCCUUAAUGACAAUUGUAACUGAUUUUAUUGUAAAACAAUCACACAUGAUGUAUUAUGGCAUUGUUUCUGAACUAUUGCAUAUUUUAAAAUAAUGUAAACACAAUUAUUAAACUCUGAGAAACUACA